AGAAGGGGCAGCGAGUUAGGCUGCGUGCUACAUAAGGCGCUGCUGCGUGAGCCAUUGACGUGUUUGGAGCUGGAGACGGCCUGGAAGCUGGGGUAGCUGCGGUGAGAGGCCUUGGUUAGUGGCUGGAGCCGUCGGUCCUCGGGGAGCCCCGACCCCCGGCAGCGGUCUGGCCGGUUGAUAGGGACAAACGUACUCCCUGAUAUGCCGAUCCCUCCCCGAACCAAAGCAAAUCAGGAGCCGACAAGACAGCAACUAUUGGGGGAGUAAUACCAAGGAAUAAUAAUUUGAGAGCUUCCUGGCUGCAGUAAGAAGAUUAGGAUGCCUGUUGUUGUGAAGAGACUUAGAGACCCUGAUGUAAAUCCUUGUUUGCCGGAAUCAGAUGCUUCUACCAGAUGUAUGGAUGAAAAUAAUUAUGACAAGAAAAUGUGUACCACUUGCUUCUUGAAGUACAAAAACUGCAGGAAAUUUUGGAAUGCCAUUAUGGUGGAAAGACGACGAAAUGGAGUUAAACCACCUAUGCCCACAGCUGCAGAAAGAGAAAAAAUCUUGGGAGCAAUGGGAAAGAUGCCCUAUUAAAGGCUUAUAUGAAUAAUAUUGUUUCUUUGACUUGAUAUUUUGGACCAGAUCUUUUAAAAUAUAUUUGAUGCAUUUUGAUUUUUAUACCAACAUUACUUCCAAACAAUUUAUCUUCCCUCUUUUCUCUCCCUAUCUCCUCCUCACCCCCAGGCACCAACUCCUCCAUAGUGUCUUCUCUUAAAUAUUUUUUUCUUUUAACUAACACAGACCUGGUACAACUGCAACCUUAUGUUACAGAGGACAGAAGACAUAGUAUUUUGUACCCAGAGUUAAGGGUAAAUACUUUUAACUAUUUCUAGCUCCUGCAAAUAUGUCAGAUUGAAAAUAACUUGGUUAAUGUUUCAAGGGAUAAUUCUAUUGUUACUAAUGACAUACUAUGUAAUUAUACAUGUAUUUAUAAAUGCAAUGUCUUGCAUUUAUAAUAGUGUUUUAUAUUUAACACUUUGAUCCUCUAAAACCCUUCAAGUUUGGUACUAUGAGUAUUAAAUGUUCUGUUUUACAGAUUAAGAAACUAAAACUGA